AUGCGGUCUACCUCACUUACUAUUACUAUAGCCUACCUCAAUUACUACUACAGUAUACGGAUUACCUCACUUACUACUACUAUAGUCUACCUCAAUUACUACUGUGGUAUACGGUCUACCUCACUUACUACUACUAUAGUCUACCUCAAUUACUACUGUAGUAUACGGUCUACCUCACUUACUACUACUAUAGUCUACCUCAAUUACUACUGUAGUAUACGGUCUACCUCACUUACUACUACUAUAGUCUACCUCAAUUACUACUACAGUAUACGGAUUACCUCACUUACUACUACUAUAGUCUACCUCAAUUACUACUACAGUAUACGGUCUACCUCACUUACUACUACUAUAGUCUACCUCAGUUACUACUACAGUAUACGGUCUACCUCACUUACUACUACUAUAGCCUACCUCAAUUACUACUACAGUAUACGGAUUACCUCACUUACUACUACUAUAGUCUACCUCAAUUACUACUACGGUAUACAGUCUACCUCACUUACUAAUACUAUAGUCUACCUCAAUUACUACUGUGGUGUGCGAUCUACCUCACUUACUACUACUAUAGUCUACCUCAAUUACUACUACAGUAUACGGUCUACCUCCCUUACUACUAUUAUAGCCUACCUCAAUUACUACUGUGGUAUACGGUCUACCUCACUUACUACUAAUAUAGUCUACUUCAAUUACUACUACAGUAUACGGUCUACCUCCCUUACUACUAUUAUAGCCUACCUCAAUUACUACUGUGGUAUACGGUCUACCUCACUUACUACUAAUAUACUCUCGUUUCUGUUCCUUCUCUCUCUUACCACUUUCUUCUUCUUCUUCUUCUUCUUCUUCUUCUUCUUCUUCUUCUUCUUCUUCUUCUUCUUCUUCUUUCCAUUAAUUGAUUCCUUCUCAUUUUUUUCACCUUCAUCCUUUCCUGUUCUUCUCUCUUUUCACCUUCUUCAUCUGUUCUCCUUUCAUUUCUUAUCUAUUUUUCUUCUUCAUCUCUUCUUUAGUCUUUCUUUUUCUCGUUUCUCACUUUUCCCUCUUUCCCUUACUUUCUUUUCUUUUACAAUCCUUCUUUGUUUUAAUUUCCUUCUUUGUCUUAAUUUCAUUCUUUCUCUGACGCUGCUUCUUUCUCUAGCUCUCCUUUUCUCUCUUACUCUCCUUCUCUCUGUUACUGUCCUUCUUUGUCUUACUCUCCUUCUCUCUGUUACUGUCCUUCUUUCUCUUACACUCUUUCUUUCCCUCACUUUCCUUUUUUGUCUUAAUUUCUCUCUUUCUAUUACUUUCCUUCUCCCUCUUAAUGUCCUUCUUUCUCUAUCAACGUUGGGAAGUGACAAUUGUGCGAAGACCUAA